AUGUCUUCUGCUUCGGGUUCCGGACAGCAUGCAGCAUCUGGCAUUACGCUGCACUCAGUGCAGCCUUCAACUACGCAAUCGGUGGACACCGGACUUUUGGAAGCCAGGGAUAAAACCGUCGCAGCGAUCAUCGGUGCUUUCAAGGGCGACAAGUCGCGUCUCGAAGCUCUGCAUAUACUUGAUGGGGCGUCUGAGAUGACAGUGCAAGACUGGUCGAGGCAUUAUCUCGCACGUGCGGAUCAGAUUGAUCUUCUGUGGCGCGGCGAGACGGUGUCUGAGGGUCGGGCCGGUAUCUUAUCUGGUACAACACAUUCUAAGCCGGUCGAGAGUGCUGGAAAGACUUCCUCGGCUGCAUCAGCGAGUCGCCACUUUCUGAGUCGUUCGGCCGCUUCUUCCCGCAAGCGCGCACGCAGUCCCGAGGAAUCUGAUCCUGAAGUCGUGUCAGACGAGGUUCGCCCGACCAAGCGGCGUCGCAAGCAGAACGCGUUCGCCUGUGGUGAUGUAUGGGACGAUAUGACCGGUAUCGAGAGAUGGGAGGACUUCUCAAAGAGACACCCGAUUCGCUCAGCGCAUGCGUGGGAGGUGGCCUACAGACGCUGGCGUCCUGAUAUCUUACGACGGGUGGCUGAAGAAGUAAAGAAGGACAGUAGGCCAAAGAACCCUCAGGGAAGUAGUAAAACAUCGGUGUCGUAG